UCGAACGCUGGAGGCUUGUCGUAGGUAGGGUCGAGGUUGGUAGGACAAACUUGUAGGUGAUGGCCUGAAGUUGAGUCAGUUGAGAUUCUUCAUGCCAUGCUCUUUGUGUAUUUGAUGUGCUCGAUAGGUAGGAGCUUUGAUGACAAUUCUCCAUGGAGAUUGUAUCAGAGCUGGGCCAUUCAUACCUUUCUCUCCACAGCGGUUGCAGGUAUAAUAAGCUGGGGGUGGGUCGUGGUAGCUAUCAGUCAUCUUUCUCUUCAAUGUUUCCUUCUCAAGCUUGUCCAUGUAUCCAUAACGAGGGCUGUUCUCCUUAAACCUCGAACCGGACGGGCGUCGGUUCUCGUCGUAACUCAUUUUGUCUGUUUCGUCGGAAUCGUUGUAGCGAGUUCCGUUGCAAGUAUUUGUUCUGUCUUCCGUUGCCGAUUUGGAAUUUACUUUCGUUGCGGCUGUCUUCACUUUUGUGGCGCCUUCUCUUUUGGGUUUUGUAGCGAGCCAGGCACAUGGGUUGCUAAAUGUCCGUCGCGAACUCAGAUCUCCUAUAGUUGCUAUGUCUCCUCAUACGUUCAGAGCUUUUCAGUCACUUUUUGAAUUCCACGAGAUGAAUGGCUUGUCACCUGUGGACAGUGUCUGUUUGACGGCCAGACACUAAGUGAUUAUAUUUUCUGACACCUGCAAUCUGACUUUGUUCAAGGAUUGCAUGGGAACAUGUGCGUACCCGUAACCUGUUUGGAACUAGAUAGGAAGUCAUUCUUCAUUGGUACUCAAUAUUCUAGGCCGUUCUUUAAGUGGUCUUCGCAAGUCCUCCUUGUCAACAGAUGAUUUCAGACGGCACCUUGCAUACUUCUCACCAAACUUUACAUUGAAGAUGUUUUCCAUUGAGCAAUGACUUCUUCCCUGUUUGUCACUUAGCUAAUCGGACAGUGUAGCCAACGCAGUGCAUGUUG